GCUUAGCCGGAAAACUCUUCAGGGGUGAAAGGCGUGGGUCGUACGCACCUAUAAACAGGUCGGCGUUCGCUCGCUAUGGUGAUAUUUUAGUUGCUUUUAUUAAAAACUCAACGUGUCUUGUCCGUAAACUAGUUGAGUAGUCACAAGUUGUCCAGGUAACGUCGACUUGACUUGAGGCGUCAGGUCGGCUACUAGCUAGCUAGCUAAAGUAGCCCUUCCCUGGGUUUUGACUGCUGCUGUGUUGCAUCGGCCUCCACGUCGUCGCCUUUUGCCAGCUAACCAUGUCGGUUCUUGGCUUUAAAAAGCUGAUUGUGAUGAUGGUGUCUGUGGCUGUUUGGCCUUUGCUCUCUAAAAGUUAACGGGGGAGAUGCCGUGACAUUGCGGGUACUUUUUGGCCGGCGACGAGGAAUGGUCGCCGGGUGCAGUGCUAAGAAGACUGUGGUUGGUGGGGUCCUCUUCCAGAUCACCCAUUUUUACCCCCCAACUCCUUCCCCCCCCCUUUUUUUUUUGUUUUUGUUUUGUACAUUUGUUUUUUCAAGCACAAGGGAAAACUUGACCGUGCAGGAGCUUUACAGCUGUGGUUUACAUGGUCUGGGUUCAGACUGCACCCUUUGACAGACAUCAUCCUCGUGGCUCCAGUGGAUCACAAGAGGAAAUAUGAGCUCAGCCAAGCCCAGUGGAAUCAAAGUGCCCAGUAAGAUAGCCAGACCACCUGGGGCAGGCGCACCGAAGACCAACCCCAGCACAGGAAGUAAAGCUGCUCCAGCGGAAAAAUCCGAUGUCGAGGAUGCCCUGAGUGCCAGCGAUGGAUUCCAGAUGGGGGAGCGGGUUUGGGUGAAUGGGAACAAACCGGGUCAUAUACAGUUUUUGGGAGAGACACAGUUCGCCCCGGGACAGUGGGCCGGGAUCGUUCUGGAUGAGCCCAUUGGGAAGAAUGAUGGUUCUGUGGCGGGUGUGCGCUACUUCCAGUGUGAGGCCCUCCGGGGGAUAUUUACCCGUCCGUCCAAGCUGUCUCGCACGGAGGGUGAGGCCAAUGGAACUCAGACUGCACCACCGUCCCGUGCCGCUUCCCCCACCCCGUCGGUGGGCAGCGUUGCCUCCCAAACGCCUGCCACGAAAGCGGCAGUCCCCUCAUUGUCAUCAUCAGCCAAAAAGGCCCCAUCCUCUGCACGAACCACGCCCGCUACGUCUUCCAACCUAGAUCGUGCAAACAGUGAAUCCAUCUCCAACCUCUCAGAGAGCGGAUCAGUCAAGAAAGGAGAGCGGGAGCUGAAGAUGGGCGACCGUGUGUUGGUUGGCGGAACCAAGGCAGGCGUGGUUCGUUUUCUGGGAGAAACAGAUUUUGCCAAAGGCGAGUGGUGUGGCGUAGAGUUGGAUGAACCUUUGGGAAAGAAUGACGGGGCCGUGGCAGGCACAAGGUAUUUCCGGUGCCAACCCAAGUAUGGCUUGUUUGCACCAGUGCACAAGGUCACACGCAUUGGCUUCCCCUCCACCACGCCGGCCAAAGCAAAGACGACGGUUCGUAAAGUGGUGGCUACCCCAGCAGGCCUGAAGCGAAGCCCCAGUGCCUCCUCCAUCAGCACAAUGAGCUCAGUGGCGUCCUCUGUCAGCAACAAGCCAAGUCGCACAGGCCUGCUAACAGAGACGUCGUCACGGUACAAUCGCAAGAUUUCGGGCACCACGGCCUUGCAGGAGGCACUGAAGGAGAAGCAGCAGCACAUUGAGCAGCUUAUGGUCGAAAGGGACAUGGAGAAAGCCGAGGUUGCUAAAGCCACAAGCCAUGUUGGGGAGCUGGAGCAAGAAAUCACCCUGCUCAGGGACGACCAGGAGCAGUUACGUGCCUUGGUAGAAGCAGCAGACAAAGACAAAGUUGAUCUGCUGAACCAGCUUGAGGAGGAGCGUAGGAAGGUCGAGGACCUUCAGUUCCGUGUAGAAGAAGCGUGCAUCACCAAAGGGGACCUUGAGACGCAGACCAGACUGGAGCAUGCCCACAUUAAGGAGCUUGAACAGAGCCUGCACUUUGAAAAGACCAAAGCUGAGAAGCUCCAAAGGGAGUUAGAAGACACUAGGGUUGCUACGGUGUCAGAAAGAUCCCAUAUCAUGGAGCUUGAGCGGGAUCUCUCACUUCGAACCAGGGAAGUUGCCGACCUGCAGCUCCUUGUAGGGUCCCAACAGGCGUCUGGUGACUCAAACGCUGCCCUUUCUCCUCUCCUGGAUGAGAUAAGCUCUCUGAGGGAUCAGUUGGCGUCUCUGGAAGCCAAGCAGCAAGAUGAGCUGACCACGUACAAGGAGAAGCUGGAAUCUCAAGAGAAGGCCCACUGUGAGGCAGUCGCCCAGCUUCAGGCUGCAACCGUUAGACUGUCGGGUGACAAUGAGCAGCUGAACAUGCGCUUGAGCCAGGCUGAGAAGGAGAACGAUGACAUCGCUGAACAGUGGCGUUCCAAGUUGGAGUCGGCCAUCUCCUCACAUCAGAAAGCUAUGGAGGAGGUGAAGUCGUCCUUCAGUGAGGAUGCGGGCGCUCAGGCAGCCGAGCUCGUGGAGACCAAAAGUGCACUUGAGAGGCUGAAGCUGGAGCACACGUUGGCUCUGGAGGAGGCCAUUUCCAAACAUGAAGCUGAUGUGACAGCUCGAACUCAGGAGAUGCAGACACUGAAGGAGCGGCUGGAGGAUGCUCUACUGUCCAGCGUGGAAAAAGCAGAGAACCAGCACCUUGUGGAGAUGGAGGACUUCCUUGGUAAGCUUCACACUGCCGAACUUAGGGUGAAGGAGCUCGAGGAGAAUGGAGAUAAGCUAGCACAACAGGCCCAAGACAAGGACAAAGAGACCAAAGAGAUGGCACUGGUAAUGGCGGAUCUUCAGAGCCAAGUGAUGCUAAGCAGCGAGGAGCUUGAGAUGCUGAAGACUCGGCUGGAAGAUGUUCAGAACCAAGGAAACUCACGGGGCACCAAGGUUAGUGAACUGACCUCACUUUUGAUGGUCAAAGAGAAAGAAAUUGCCUCGCUACAGCAACGUUUGGCCACUGCAGAGCAGGAGAAGGGUAGUGUGGAGCAGCAGCUUGGAAGCCUGAAACAGCAGUUGUCGGAAAGCACAGAAGAGCAGACUAAAUCUGCCAAAACUAUGCAAGAAACCAUUGAGAGGCUCAGCAGGAAGGAGGAGCAUUGCACAUCCCUGAGCACAGAAUCGGAGUCUUUCAGGAGUCGGCUUAAUGUGCUGGAGAGGAAGCUGGUGGCUACAAAUGAGGACCUGGAGGAGCUCAUAAAGAUCAAAAACAAACUGGAGAUUGACCUUUCAGACAUUAAGAAGGCGUCCGGUGAUAGUUCAGCACAGCUGAGCAAAAUGAAUGACGAACUUCGACAGAAAGAGAGGAGUCUGGAGGAGUUGCAGAGUCAGCUUGCGGAGGAAAAGAAUACGGUGGCCCAGUUGAAUGAACAACGUGACCAGGCACUUUCCCGCAAAGACCAGGAACUGCAAGAAACACGAGAUACACUUGAUGCUCAAAUCAGAAGUCUCCAUGAGAAGAUUACAACCUUGGAGAAGACUGUGCAACAGUCCAUAAACCAAGCUGAGGAGCUGAAGGCCUCUGAGGAGAAGGCUCGCUCCCAGGCUUCAGAGCUUCAUGGGAAGGAAGUUAAGUUGCUGCAGGAUUUGGUUGACAGCCUGAAGCAGGAGCUGUCCUCUUCCAAGGACAAGAGCCAGGAGCUGGAGAAGGUGGUGUCUGAGCUGCACCCAUACAAGGAGCAGCUUCAGUGUCUUUCUGCUGAGCUUGACUCCUCCAAGCAUGAUGUUGAACACUUGUCCAAAAAACUGGAGAAGCAGACUGUAGAUCUGGAACGCAAGUGUAAGGAAAGUGAGGAUGUUCAUGCUGAGAAAUGCAAACUGGAGAAACAAUUGUCAGAUGUGCAAAGCAAGUUCUCCGCUCUGGAGCCUAGAUUCCGGGACCUUUCUGUCCAGAAUGAGGAGCUGCUUGCAACCAUACAGGCAAGUAAAGAUGACUUACUCGACAGCAACAAGCGUUCCGAUCAGGAAAUAACUUUGUUGAACAGCGAGGUGGAGGAGUUGAAAAGGUGUCUUCAAGAAGUACAGACUGACAACACAAAGCUGAAGCAAGCUAAUGGCACACACCAGGCUGAUAUUGCAGCGCUCCAGAAACAGAAUGAGGAGAAGAGCGUCCUGUUGCUCAAGCACCAGCAGGACGCUCUUCAGCUUGAAGCUAAAAGGAAGCAGCUGCUUGAAGACUACGAAAAUGUCUGUAAAGAACGAAGCAGGCUCGAAGAGGACCUCAAUGAAAGCCGGUCUAAACUUACGCGUGAGAAUGACAGACUCGUUUCAGAGAGAGAUGCCGCUAGAAAUUCCAAAAAGUCUCUUGAUGCUAAGAAUACUGAGUUGCAAGCCAAACUGCAGUCGUUAAACUUGGAGAAAGAAGAUCUGACAAUGAAGAACAGCCAGCUGCAAGCCGUCACGGAGGCCUUGACUAAAGAAAAGGAUGCCUUGUCCUCAGAAAUCAGCGCUGCCAUGCUGGAUCGAAAGAACCUGGAGACGGUGAAAGAGGAGCUCCACAAUAAGCUCAGUCUUGCCAUGAAAGACUUGGAUGGUUCUGUCCAUGAAUGCGAAGACCUCAAAGCAUCUAGACUCAGCCUAGUCCAGAUGCUGGAAGAGUCCAAGACCAGCAGUCAGGUUACCGAUUCCGAAAGGCUUCACCUCCUGCAGGAAAAGGAGGACUUGCUCGCCGCCCAAAGAAAAGUAUGCAAGGAGAAAGAGGAGCUUGUCAAAGAAAUUGAAGAGCUCAAGGAGAAGCUCCAAGUCUCCGCUCAACAGUUGACUCAGUCCACUGACAAGCUGAACGAGGCGUUGGCAUCGUCUGAGCGAGAAAGGCAGUCGUUUUGCGCGCAGAGUUCAGAAACCUCUGAGGCUCUGCAUGCUUUGAGGAAAGAGAAACUGACCCUUGAAGCGGCGCUCGAACAGCACAAAAUGGAUUAUGAUAGUCUGGCGGGCGAGAAGGGAGAGCUAGAAGGGCAGCACACAAAGGCUGUAUCUGACAUUAGUGCUCUUUCACUUGAGCGUGAUAAGCUAGCAAGCGAUGUCCGGACAACAAAGGACCAGUUGGACAGCUGCUCCAGAGAUAAUGCUGAGCUUAGUCAAGAGAAUUCUCAUUUAGAAGCGAAGCUCCAGGAAACCAAAUGCCAAAGAGAGUUAGCUGAGACCGAGUUGACCUCCUUGAGAAAGGAAAAGGCAGAGCUCCAGAACGAGCUGAAGAAAUGUUCCUCAGAUAUUAAACUUCUCGAAAAGGCCAAAGCUGAUCUGGGUGAAGAAUGCAGCAAGCUACAAACAGAUUCUGAGAAAUCUACUGCAGAUCUUCUCCAGCAAGUUGAGCACCUCACGACAGACUGCAGACAACUGCAGUCUUUGCAGGUUGAAGCGGACACAAGAAUGCAGUUGUUGCAGACCGAAAAGGACAAGCUCCUCCAGGACAUCCAGGAGCUAAAAAAACAAACUGAGUCGUUGUCCAAGAGCAAGCAUUGUCUUGAGGACCAGCUGCAGGCAGAAUCUAAUGAACGCACUAAAGCCACUCUUGACAAGGACGGUCUCUCAAAACAAGCGGAACAGCUGCAAAACACCUUGUCCAAACUUCAGCAGGACAAUGAAGACAUUUCCUCUCAACUCAAGAACGCAGAUGAGCAAAAGGCCUCUUUAAUGGCAGAGAUGGACACUAUGAGAAGGCAACUGAAGGACAGAGAGCAAGAAAGCAGCCACCUGUCUGAAGGAAAACAAGAGCUUUCAUUGAAACUUGAAGAGAUGCACAAACAGAUGACUGCCCUCGAGGCCGAGAAGGAGGACCUCUUGUCAGGACAGCAUCGGCUGGAGCAGGACAUUUCUUCGCUACACACUAGUCAAGAAAAAUGGCUGGUAGAAAGGUCCCAGCUUACUGAAGAGUUGGAGAAGUCCCAGGCAGGCCACAACAAGCUGGAGGAGGAAGUCGAGGCUCUCAGAGCAGACAAGGCCACAUUGGAGAAGCAGUACGAGGCGGCUGUCGCUCAGAUUAGCGCCUCUGUCAACGCCCAAGACGUGAUCUCCUCCAGUGCCGCAAACUUAGCAGCCGCAAAGGAUGCUUUGCUGGCGGAGAGGGAUGAGGCCAUCCAGCAGGUGGCGCAGCUCCAGUCCCAACUCAAACAAGCCGUUGCUAAGCAGCUUGAGCUGACUGCUGAGCGUGGGCAAAGUGACUCGGCCGACACGUUUCAAGGAGUCAUCGAGGCCUUGGAGCAGGACAAGGCUCAGCUCAAGGAGCGUGUGGAGAGGCUGGAGCAGGAGCGGGACGCCCCUUCAGGUGAUGCUGUUUUGGACCAACUGAGGGAAGACAAGGAGACUGCAGAGAGCCAGAUUGACUUCUUAAAUUCAGUCAUUGUUGACCUCCAGAAGAAGAAUAAGGAACUCAAGGAGAAGUUGGAGAAAAUGGCCGCCGCCGCUCUCAACGGCAACAAUGCGAGCGAGCUGGACAACUACGGCGGUGUGAACAAGGAGCCCGAGAAGAAGAAGCAGCCGCCGCGGCGCUUUUGCGACAUCUGCGACCGCUUCGACCUGCACGAAACCGAGGACUGUCCCACGCAAGCGCAGACCCCCGACUCGCCGCCACACAGCACCUACCACGGCAGCAAGGGCGAGGAGCGGCCGUACUGCGAAAUCUGCGAGGUGUUCGGCCACUGGACCAACGCCUGCAACGACGACCAGACCUUCUGAUGGCGCUCGCACAAUCAACGCCUUUUUUUUUUUGUACACGAUGCUGGAUGACGCUGUACGGUUUGUGUGUUCAAAUUGCUUGUCUUUUUAAAUCGUCCACAUAAGCCCUUAAAUUUAAGAGUGCACCAUCUUUGCACAACAUCUCAUGAAGCAGUUUAUUUGUCGAAGGCAACGUGUGAGUCUUUUAUAGAUCUAUGUUGUUUGCACAGCUUGUCAGGGGCUUACAAAUCUCCAAAAUAGUCUAUUGAAUGAAUGACACCAUGGAGUGUCAUUUUGUUUGAAAAUUGGCAAGCCAUAGUUUAUUUUUUUAAAGCCGGGAAAUACUUUUAAAAGAUUUGAUAAUGUGCAUGUAAGGAAGAGAGAGACAAACGAGGACAUUUUGGCUUUAAUAACAUUGAACACUUGCUUAUAAAAGCACUUCACACACAUCUUUGCUACUACUUUGUAAUGCGUGUGUGUGUGAGAAACAAUGACUUUUAAAAGUUUGGAUAUCCAUGUGAAAAUGAAUAAAAGUUCUGGGUCCAAACACAA